AUGACACUCAAAUUGCUUAUGAAUUCGACAUGGGGAUAUUCCAUUAAGAAACCUCAAGAGAUGAAGAGUAAACAUUAUAAGAAGGUCGACAACUUUGUUGAAAGGUUUUCUCCUUUUGUUUUGAAGUACGAAUUCACUCAAGGUCAAAGUGGCUUAGUAACCACAUUAAAACCUAUUGUCGAACAUUGGUCUUACCCUCAGUUCGCAAAGGCAGUCCUUGACAACUACAACAAAUUCUUCUCCGAAGUCAAAUCCAAAGUGAAGGUUUACUAUGAGAACAUUGACGCACUCAUGACGAACGAAGAAGGCUAUAACAAACUCAUUGAAAUGGGUAUGGUCGGUGAAAAGAUGGGUCGAUUCAAAUUGGACAAAAUUUUCACCGAAAUUCAUGUCCUCUCCAAGCGUAAGUACUGGGGCAUACUUGAAGACGGCCCAGAAAUAAAACAUUGCAUGAAAUAA